GCCCCCCCCUACAGCAUGUGAAUCCUGCAUACAGCAAGGCAGCACUAACCCUCCAAUAACUGACCCCCCUGCAGCAUGUGAAUCCUACAUACAGCAAGGUAGCACUGACCCCCCUGCAGCAUGUGAAUCCCGCAUACAGCAAGGCAGCACUAACCCUCCAAUAACUGACCUGCAGCAUGUGAAUCCCACAUACAGCAAGGUAGCACUUUACCUGUGCCGGCUCUAACACCAGUAGUGGCAGGAUUAAUAUGUCUCAAACUUCACCCAUCUCACCCACCCAGCCAGCAUAACAUUAUUAGGAUAUUAUUGUGGGACUUAUUUACUAAGCUCUCAGAUUAAAACCUGAUUAGCAAAAUGUAGAGUAAAAUAACUCCCCUACAAAAUGCCAAUAGGUGACAGUUCGGUGAUAAAAUUCAGGUAUAUCUAUAAAAUCCCCCAUACAUCCAUGUUGGUAGUAUUGUGAGAUAUGUCAGUUUAUAGUGUUCCCUUUGGUCAUGUAGCCUGUCAGUCAUUAUGUGUGAUCCACUCUGGUAGCCGAGUAACAAAUGUCGAUUUUCCAUAAAUCUGUGACUGACAAGCGAGUAAUUAUUUUAUUGUGAUUAUUUUCCAGGACUGUGUAUGUAUAUAAAUUAAUAAAGGAUCCAUGCCAGGUGAAGAUGGAGAUAAUUCUGCUCCCAGACCAAUCCCCCCUCCUCCGUUACCCCCACCUGUCCAAGUGCCCUCUGUCCCACAAUCUGACGUAAAAAGCAAGUUCUAUAAGAAGGUGGCCGAGAGCAGUGACCCAUCAGCUGGAGAAUGCAAUGAGUUGAAAAGGAUGAUCAAAAACCGUCAGAGCAGGUACAUUGUGUGCGAAGUAGGCCAACUGUGUGCAGUCAAUACCGGGAAGGUACAUUCUGUGUGCGGUAAUGGCAGAUGGUUGCCAGAUAGGACAAGGGGUCUAAGUACAGAAUCUUAUCGACCAAAAACACUAAAACAGUCCUACCUCCCAAGCGUUAUGUAUCUGGUGGAGAUGUUGCCGGAGGGAAACCCAUAGGAUGCAGCUAUAAGAAAACUCAGAUUCUCUUAAAAUAUGAUAAUUCAUGCUUUCAUCUUUCAAGUAAAUCCAUAACCCCUAACAGCAGUGUCCAGUGAAGCAGGAAGUCAAUGGGCAAUGUAAAAGAGUGUGCCACUGACGCAGAUCAUGUAACCAGAACUUCCGAAAGGGAGGGACAUGCCCAAAAAGGAGGUGUGGCUGCCCAAAGAAUUGGAAGGCUAGCCUGGCAUGAAUGCAGGCUGGCCAACAGCAUCCUGAGCUUGGCAUAAAUGCGUCUAAUGAUGCACUCGCUCCACGCUUUCUAAUGACUGUCCCCUAGCACUCGCUGAUCCACUUGUCUCCUUACCUUCUUACUAGCAGGCAGAAGCUCCUGCUAUACAGUCUGAGACAGUGAGUGUAGAAAAAAGGGAACAUCCACAGUGUUAGAGAGACCAAAGUAAGCAUUACCUUAAAGGGACACUAUAGUCACCCACACCACUUCAGCUCAAUGAAGUGGUCUGGGUGCCAGGUCCCUCAGGUUUUAACCCUUCAGAUGCAAACAUAACAGUUUCAAAGAAACUGAUAUGUUUACAUUUGGGGUUAAUCCAGCCUCUUGUGGCUGUCUUCCGGACAGCUACUAGAGGCGCAUCUGCGACGUUGGAGGCACUUUUCGCCUCCAUCGUGCAGAGCGUCCAUAGGAAAGCAUUGAGGAAUGCUUUCAUAUGGACACUUUGAAUGUGCGCACUGCACUUGCCGCGCAUGUUCAUUUGGCUACGCUGACGUCGGAUGGGGGAGCUGACGUUGGCGGGGGAGGAGAGGUCACCAGCGCCGAGGGAGCCUCCCUUGGCGCUGGAAUAAUGGAAGCUGCUGAAAACGGGUUUGUUUUUCUGACACUAUGAUCCUUUAACUAAUUUCAUUUCAGCUAGUCCACACAAGUUUUGUUUCCAUCUAUCCAUCUUAAGUUUCCAUACUUAAAAAAGAGUAUGUGAAGAGUAGUUAGGGUUGCCUUUCUUAGAAAAAAAUACAGGCCUUACUAAUUUGCAUAACUAAUUAUGUAUGUGUGACAUCACAUGAUUUAAAUCACAAGGAGUGACAUCAGAGAAAAUUCUGUAAAAUCACCAAAAAACUACUUACAAUUUGAUUCUGCUGUGUGGAUGGAUUGCUCCCAGUGUCCCCAUGUCGCCCAGUGUCCCCUAGUGUCUGUGUCCCCAUGUCUCCCAGUGUCCGCAUGUCACUAGGGGACACUGUGGGACAUGGGGACACUGAGACUAUGUAUCACAGUGUCCCUAUGUAUCACAGUGUCUCAGUGCCCCAUGUUGCCCAGUGUCCCCUAGUGUCUGGGUCAUAUAGAGACAUGGGGACACUGAGACACUUGGUGACACUGGGAGACAUGGGGACACUGAGAAACUAGUUACACUGGGAGACAUGGGGACACUGAGACAGUAGGGACACUGGCUGGGAGACAUAGGGACAUUGUGUCCCUAGUGUCCCCAUGUCUCCCAUUGUCCCCAAGUGUCUGUGUUCCCAUGUCUCAGUGUCCCCAUUUGUGUCUGUGUCCCCAUUUGUGUCUGUUUCCUCGUGCCUCCAAGUGUCCCCAAGUGUAUGAUCAUCCCCAGAGGUCUCCCAGUGUCCCCAUGUCUUACAGCGUCCCCUAGUGUCUCAGUGUCCCUAUGUCUCCCUGCAGCCUUUACGUUAUCCCUCACCUCCCUGAGCUGUAGGCUGUCUCUGCAGGCUGGGAGCUGCUGUCUGGACUCUCGGUGCUGUGUAGCUGCUCCUCACAGAUCAGUCAGUAGAGAGAUGUAGGUAUAUGCUGUAACUUCCUAUCCCUGCCUCACUCCACACACAGUGACCCCUACUGGCCGGUCGCAGUGCAGGUACGCUGUGUUCAGUAAUGAGGUCGCAGUGCAGUCACACUAUGCAGUAAUGGGUGCAGUGUUGGCAGUAAUGGGGUAGUAGCUUAGGUACACUUUGUGCAGUAAUGACCAAGGGUCACUCUAUGAUCUAUUAUCUCUGAUUCCUUCUUUAUUAGGUUCAGUGAGGAGUUAAAAUGGCUGCUUUAUAACCAGCAUGUGCCGUCUCUGAUCCAGGAAGGACCCCAGUAAGUUAAUCCACACAUCAUACACUGACAAUCUGUGUACAACACACUGUGCUCUACGUAUAACACACAUUCAAAUAUUACAAGUUUUUAGAAUGAAAACUGUACUUCAUUAUCUGUUACUUUCCCACUGUUCCCAUGUGAAAUGACCAAGUUAUGGCCUUGUAUCUUUGCCAAGUUAAGGUAGGUCCUAACAUGACCUAAUUGAAAAUCUAAUGUAUACAUUUCUGAACUUAUUAGGACACGGAGGAGAGAGUUUGGAGACCGAGAUACUGCUCCAUUUUAUCACGACUGAGAGGUUGACUUGUUCAGGAGGGGAUGUUAUUCUAUUUACUGAUAUUGCAAGCAUAUACCUUGAUCUUAUAAACUCUGCUAUAAAUUAUUGUAAUGGAUUAUUAAGGUUUUAUAUGUCUAUAUUUUUAUUUUUAUUUAAUAAAAAAUGUUUUUAUAUUUAAUAUUUCUUUAUUCAAUUUUAUCAUAUAAAAUACAUACAAUAAGACAUAAUAUUCCUUAAUAAAUAGACUCUAAACCGGCCUUUAUAUAUUCAUCAUCCAAAGAUAGGUUGAAAUAAAUGUUUCUAGCAUUUCAGGACCGUGACAUAAAAUAACAUCCAUAGAUAGUCGGAUCAUUAAUCUGUACGGAGCAAAACACAAACAGAUGGAGCUAUUCCAGUUUGUAUCUUGUGCAGUAAUACUAUUGGCCUAUAGCUAAUGCUUCCAUUACAAGACAAACCUGUAUUGCUUCCAAGACUAUCCCUAUUGUAUUCUCAAUUAUUUCUAUAUUUUAAAUAGAGGAUCUCUUACUAACUAUAUAAUAUUAUGGCUAUCUGUAUGGUUAGCCCUGCUAAAUUAUAGAAACAUGGCAGAACCAUUCGGCCCAUCUAGUCUGCCCAAUUUUCUAAAUACUUUCAUUAGUCCCUGGCCUUAUCUUAUAGUUAGGAUAGCCUUAUGCCUAUCCCACGCAUCCUUAAACUCAUUCACUGUGUUAAAAGACCACUAUAGGUACCCAGACCAAUUCAGCUCAAUGAAGUGGUCUGGGUGCCAUGUCCAUCUAGGGUUAACUCUGCAGCUGUAAACAAAGCAGUUUCAGAGAAACUGCUAUGUUUACAUUAGGGUUAAUCCAGCCUCUAGUGGCUGUCUCAUUGAUCGCCGCUAGAGGCGCUUCUCACUGUGAAAAUCACAGUGAGAAGACGUUGGAUGUCUAUAGGAAAGCAUUGAGAAAUGCUUUCCUAUGGACUGAUUGAAUGCGCAGAGAUCUCCAGCGCAGAGGGAGCCCGGAGCUGGAGAAAGGUAAGAGUUUAACCCCUUCUGCCCUGAGGGUGGGGUAGCCUAAAGACCCUAUAGUGCCAGGAAAAUGAGUUUGGUUUCCUGGCACUAUAGUGGUCCUUUAACCUCUACCACUUCAGCUGGAAGGCUAUUCCAUGCAAAUUAUUUGCUUUAAAGGGACACUAUAGUCACCCAGACCCACUUCAGCUCAAUGAAGUGGUCUGGGUGCCAGGUCUCUCAGAGAAACUGCUAUGUUUACAUUUGGGGUUAAGACGGCCUCUAGUGGCUGUCUUCUGGACAGCCACUAGAGGCACAUCUGCGACGUUGGAGGCAUAUUAUGCCUCCAUCACGCAGAGCGUCCAUAGGAAAGCUUUGAGAAAUGCUUUCCUGUGGACACUUUGAAUGCACUUGCGGCACUGCCGCGCAUGCGCAUUCAGCUCCGCUGACGUCGGCGGGGGGAGGAGAGGUCACCAGCGCCGAGGGAGCCCGGUGCUGGAAUAAGGUAAGUGGGGAGGGGUAGCCACGGGAGGGGGCACCCUCAGGGCACUAUAGUGUCAGGAAAACCACUUUGUUUUCCUGACACUAUAGUGAUCCUUUAAGGCAUUAUAGGACUAAAGUUACAGUGUAUUGCACAAGGCACAUACCACUGCUCUGUGUAAAAUGGAAACACAAAUCGUGUUCUUUGUUUAUAACAUGCAAUCUCUGUGUAUUACACACAUAGAAACUGUGUUCUGUAUAAGAUGGAUGAGCUUUUUGUCCAGUUCUUUCUUUAUACAGAUAUAUAAUACAGAUAUAAAGAUACAUUUUCUCUGUGUAUAGUACACCUUAUAAUACAGAAUCAUGCAAUGACCUUUGAACAAUCCAUUCAUAUUGCGCGUUAUGUGUCAUACAUUGCUCUGUCUCUGAUAAUAUAGCAGACUCUUCAUAAUACACAGAUGCAGACAAUACUGUCUACAUAACACACACUGCUGUCUGUACUAACAAUGCUUCUUCAUAUUCACAGCACGUGUGUAUUGGGUAUAUUUGAUGUAUGUGUAUUGAGUAUAUUUAAUGUGUGUAUAUUGGGUAUAUUUGUUGUGUGUGCGCUCUCCCGGCACUGUGUAUAAUAGGUAUAUUUCUUGUGUAUACUCUCUCCCGGCACAGUGUAUAUUAGGUAUAUUUGUUGUGUGUGCUCUCUCUUGGCACUGUGUGUAUUCUUGGUACAUUACUUCCCUAAGCCUGUUUCAUUUCAGGUGUGGAUUGGUGGCUCUGUGCAUGGCCGGGAUGUUACUGGACAUCAAUAAUGACAUAUCGCUCGGCAGAAUCGUUGAUGUUGCCGUCAGCCGAGGUUAUACAGCUCAGGGGGAGAUGUUCUCCGGUCAGUCCAUGCUCCAUGUCAUACAUAGCAGUGUGGUUUCCUCCACCAAAUGUGCAAUCUAUUCCCAUUCUUGUCAUUCUAAAGGUUUAGAUUAAACACGCAGACAGCAUAAAACACAGGUUACGUUAUAAUACCGACAUCACACAGGGCUGUAUUCACUGUGAGCUACGAGGACGACGACAGAAAGUCUGAUCUAAAAUCCAGCAAAAAUUGAAAUAAUGAUCCCACUUUUUAUCCCACACAAGCACAGCGCAUGCGCAGAAUUCUCCAAAACACAUUGUCUGCCUGUAACCAAGGCUUAUUGGAGUUGGUAACUAACCAUACUACAUGUCCGCUGAGUCAAUCCAAAUGAUCUCUCCAUGUCCCUGGCAGAGAGUGGGCUAUUAAUAUGUCUUAUGGGGGCAGUCAUUAAUAAACACUGACAUUACUGUCCAGUGUUUACGAAGUAUCUGUUCUAACAUUGCUCUUUCUGUCUAGCCGCUAAUAUGCGCCAUCUGGCCGAGGAGAUGUUUGGCUGUCAGUGUGAACUUCUCACGGGGGGGAUGGAAGGAGAGAACAGAAUCCGAAUCCUGCACCAGCUGACUGCUGGCCGGCCUGUCCUCAUACCGUAUCCUUCUUCAUAGCAAUGUGUACACUGAGCAGGGAAAUACAGAGCACACAGCAAUCUGUAUACAUAGCACGCAGCAAUCUGUACACUGAGCAGGGAAAUACAGAGCACACAACAAUCUGUACACUGAGCAGGGAAAUAGAUAGCACACAGCAAUCUGUACACUGAGCAGAGAAAUACAGAGCACACACAGCAAUCUGUACACUGAGCAGGGAAAUACAGAGCACACAGCAAUCUGUACACUGAGCAGGGAAAUACAGAGCACACACAGCAAUCUGUACACUGAGCAGAUAAAUACAGAGCACACACAGCAAUCUGUACACUGAGCAGAGAAAUACAGAGCACACAGCAAUCUGUACACUGAGCAGGGAAAUACAGAGCACACAGCAAUCUGUACACUGAGCAGAGAAAUACAGAGCACACACAGCAAUCUGUACACUGAGCAGAGAAAGCAAUGUGUACACUGAGCAGGGAAAUACAGAGCACACACAGCAAUCUGUACACUGAGCAGGGAAAUACAGAGCACACAGCAAUCUGUACACUGAGCAGGGAAAUACAGAGCACACACAGCAAUCUGUACACUGAGCAGGGAAAUACAGAGCACACACAGCAAUCUGUACACUGAGCAGGGAAAUACAGAGCACACAGCAAUCUGUACACUGAGCAGGGAAAUACAGAGCAAUCUGUACACUGAGCAGGGAAAUACAGAGCAAUCUGUACACUGAGCAGGGAAAUACAAAGCACACAGCAAUCUGUACACUGAGCAGAGAAAUACAGAGCACACACAGCAAUCUGUACACUGAGCAGGGAAAUACAGAGCACACAGCAAUCUGUACACUGAGCAGGGAAAUACAGAGCACACAGCAAUCUGUACACUGAGCAGGGAAAUACAGAGCACACACAGCAAUCUGUACACUGAGCAGAGAAAUACAGAGCACACAGCAAUCUGUACACUGAGCAGGGAAAUACAGAGCACACAGCAAUCUGUACACUGAGCAGGGAAAUACAGAGCACACACAGCAAUCUGUACACUGAGCAGGGAAAUACAGAGCACACACAGCAAUCUGUACACUGAGCAGGGAAAUACAGAGCACACAGCAAUCUGUACACUGAGCAGAGAAAUACAGAGCACACACAGCAAUCUGUACACUGAGCAGGGAAAUACAGAGCACACACAGCAAUCUGUACACUGAGCAGGGAGAUACAGAGCACACAGCAAUCUGUAUACUCAGCUGUGAGCUCAAAUUCACCCCAAAGUUAUACGUCCAUACAAAGUAACAUGAAUUUAGACCUGCGACAUUGGCAGGCUUAUGCACUAAUAAGAGAACUCAAAGUGAAUUUCAAAUUUAAGGUCCGAGUAGCUGAAAAAAGCCAGCUAUAUUUCGAAAUUGGCCACUUUGGCCGUACAUUUUAAAUUCACUUUCAAUUCUCACUUCAGUGAAUAACCCCGAAUGCAUUGGCCAUUAGGGGGCAUGGCAGCCUCCGUCGAUGUAUUUGCAAUUUAUCAGCCCGAUACAGAACACAUCACACAAAUUUGUUUUGUUUUUUCAAUAUAGCACAGACCUAACUUGACAUUUAGAUUUGGAAGUAAAAGUACAUGGAUUUUAGUUAAAUAUUUUUUUUAAAUGGAAUCUAUGGAGUAGAAAUAACUACCUAAUUUUUUUUAAAAAAUUUUUUUAAGACAUUCUUUAUUGAAAUGUUUUGACAUUAGUUAGUUUGGCGUAAACACAUCAAAUAGAAGGUAAAACACAAAUAUGGGCAGAAAAACAAAUUGUGCUUCACAAUCCCAGGCAUCGGAAUCUGGGCCUACCGCCUAUUUUUUUAAUACAUAGUAAAGCUAAUACAUUAAAAAUCUGUCAAUAAAACAGCUGCCUACAUUUAACGUUCCCGUCCUGGUUAGGGGGUCUGUGUGCAGCUGGAAACAGACUCUUCCCUGGGUGAGAGAGAGUUGUACCCCACUGGCACCAUGUAGCAUAAGUGGAACUGUUGUGUAAACUAAUUGCAGCCAUACUGCCAAUAUUUUACAUGUUUUGUUACAGCAUGGUCUUCUGGGAGGUGAGAGCUCAGCCCAGUGUUCCAAUGUUUCAUGCAAAACGAGGACUAAAUCAGUGUUGGGCAACCAAAACUACGCACUCCUUGUUCCUGAUUGACAGCUCUGAGGGGCCUUCUUAGAGCUGCAGGACUUGGUACAAAUAACUGCAGUUGGGAGCCGCUGUCAAAGCUGUGAGUUGGCUGGUUCUUUCGAACAUCAGCUUUACAAUGAUUAAAGUUGUGCUGAUGCUGUGAGUGACCUUUUAAGCAGUGUGUUUUGCUAACAUCUGCAUUUUUAAUGUGAGAAACCUGCAAUAAAAAAAAGGUUUUGCACGUAUCUCCAUAACUUUUGCAUAAAAAAAAAAAAAAAGAAUCUGCAGAAAUGCAUUGUGAUUCUCUCUGAAAUGAACUGAUCAUUCUCACAUAGUGUCAUUUGUAAAGUCUGUUAGAAUGAGCAUGUCUGACAAUGAGACGCCCUCAAUGUGAUGCUGGGUGCAGUGGAAUAAGAAUCCGGCAGCCUGAUGUGAUUUGUAAAGGCAGUGACAAUGACCAAUAAAUCUAGCUGUUACACUGACAGCGAUGGUAUAUAUCUCACAUCAGAUCGUGUUCCAAAGAAAAGGAACCAAAGUUGUUGGAUGACCCUUUAAACGUAGAGCAUGCAAAUUCCAAAAUUACAAUUUAAAUGAAUCUGGCUAGAAUUGUAAAAUAUUGGAAUUAAGGAAGUAAUUCUCUAAAAGACAAUACCAUCACAUAACCAAUGCCAAUAUACUUGGAAAAUUCCUUUAUUAGGUGCUAGGAUAAAUGUCAGAUGGUAUGUCCACUAAAUAUCUAAAAAAGGUUAUAUACACCACCUCAUUCGAAGAUUUCAAAAUCAAUUGGAAUUGUACCUCAGUAAAACCUGUGGAGAUUGCUAUUUAGAAACAAAGAAACUGUUUCAACAAAUGUAUUGAGGUACCAUCCCCUUCUAACUAGGUAGCUGUUAGGAGUGAGCUGUAGAGUGAAAAAGGAUUCUAAGCAGGGCUGUAAUAUUAGUAUUAGUAUCAGAUCAUGCAUUCAGCAGGUAUCAAACCGUGCACAGGCACCCAAAAUUCACUCGCUUCACAGAUUAACUCAGGAUCCUCGUUUCCUACAAUGUGUCAAUCGUUACUGAUAGCUAGCUAGAUUUUAUGAGCUAGGUACCUAUCCAGAAUAAUAUCUCGCCAGCGGGUAAAGCUCUGGAAAGACCCUAACUGGCUAGUUUAAUCUGCCAGGGAAAUGUUCAUUACUAAAUAACUGCCAGCCACUCCAACCUAACCGCUACCUGAACCUUAGCAUAAUUCUAAAUCAGAUAAAAGGAGCCGAAAUGCUCCAUAGUGGUAUAACCCAAAAUGAAAAAAUAUGUCACAUUACUUCAGUAUUGCAACAGCUCUGAAUCACUGGAAGGCAUCCAUGCUCUCUGUGAGUCAUCCAUCUCGUUUGCACAAUACAUCAUCACAUUCUAUACAGAUAUAGUGCAGCAUGGCAAAAAUAUCUUAAUAUCAUUAAAAAAAAUAAAUGCAUACCCAAUGUUUGCACAAUCCAUGUGUUUUGCAAUGUGAACUAAAUUGGGCCAUGUGUUCAUGUUAUGGGUAGGGAUCUGUGGACUUUAGACAGUGAUGCUCGACCCUUAACUAUUUCUGCAGAUAUGAUGAAGACUUUAACCACGAACCGUGUCGGAGAGAUGGCCACCGGGCUCAUUGGGCAGUCGUGUCAGGUAGUAAUGUGCAGUCCUUUCAGUAAAACUGUGUACAGCAAUUGGACUUGUAUGUCAGCCAAUUGUUUGUUGUACUGCAUACUUUGCUUUUACAAAGGUAUUAUUGUGCUUAAAACACUGAAGCUUUAUUCACUAAACUGAGACUUGUGUGAGAACAGACACUGGAAUUUUAAAUGCAAAAAAGGCAGAAUUGAAGAACUGGUAUUAGUCAUGAUUUCAGAUUUUGCUUAUAACCCAAGUGAAUUUUAAAAUCCUUCAAAACUAAAUUGCAAACUUUAGCCAAAACAGCUGAGAAAAAAAAAAAACACAAAAAAACCCAGCUACUCAGUCAGUCACUGCUCGGCUGUUUAGACGAGAUUUAGCAAUUUCCUACAAUUCAGCGUUAAUCCUAAUCCCAGUGUGUGUUCAUAUCUAAUGACGAAGCAACUUUGUCCUUCAAGGUGUCUUGUUUGGAAUAAAGAACGGGUCCUUCCGGCCUGACCACGACUUCCCUGGAUUGUAUUACCCAACACCUGACUCUUGUGUCUUGGAAUGUGAAGAUAUUCAGGAGACCUACCUCGUAGCCAAACAAGGAAAGAGCCUCCGAUACCAGCUGUGGUCUUACAAGUCAGUUAGUCAGAGUAAUGGACAGCUCCUACAUCUCGACCCUAAGAGAGCCAGUGAUGGCACCGUUUAUGUGCUGCCCAAAGGUGGCGUAGCCGCAGGGCUCUGCGGACAGGUUGUGCUUCUUAAACAGCACUGAAGUAGAAUCUGUGAAUGCUCCUCUCCGAAUACCUCAAUGUCUUCCUCACUGGACAACAGCAGAUCUCCAAUACUUUUCCUGGACAACUUUCUAUUUGAGAUCUUAUUUUCUUAUGAAAGCAAAAAAUGGCAAGAGCGUGAGCUUUACAAAACCGAACACUGCAGAAUUUAUUGACAAUUAUAUUAUUUAUUUACAAUAAUAGUGUGCAUUUCUCAUUUCUAACUCCCGUAGAAUAAAUAUAUAUAAAAUAGAACACACAGAAUACUGACAAAAUGACAAGCAAUGCCAAAGGUUUAUGUCGUGUGUGUAUGUUUAAAAAAAUAAGAGUGAGCAGUCGGUUUUGUUCUUUGACAUUUCUGUAUAUUUAAUAAGCAAAUACACUGGCUGAUACUUUCACAUCAUGCUUUGUUUUAAAGGGACACUAUAGUCACCAGAACAACUACAGCUUAUUGAAUUUGUUCUGGUGAGUAGAAUCAUUACCUUCAGGCUUUUUGCUGUAAACACUGUCUUUUCAGAGAAAAUGCAGUGUUUACAUUACAGCCUAGUGAUAACUUCACUGGCCACUCCUCAGAUGGCUGUUAGAGAUCCUUCCUGGGUCAUGGCUGCCUAAAAUGCAUCCAAACAUUCCGUAUCUCCUCCCUCUGCAUGCAGACACUGAACUUUCCUCAUAGAGAUACAUUGAUUCAAUUCAUCUCUAUGAGGAGAUGCUGAUUGGCCAGGGCUGUGUUUGCAUCCUGCUGGCUCUGCCCCUUAUCUGCCUCUUUGUCAGUCUCAGCCAAUCCUAUGGGGAAGCAUUGUGAUUGGAUCAGGCUACCACUUCUGAUGAUGUCAGCACACUGCUUGUUUUUUUUUUGAGGCAAACAGCAUGCAGAUCUACAGCUUCUGGCUUGAAUACAGUAAGAUUUUGCUAUAUUUAUGGAGGCAUGAGGGGCCCAGGGGGGCUAGAUGGUGGUUUUUACCCUAUAGGGUAAGGAAUACAUGUUUGCGUUCCUGACCCUAUAGUGAUCCUUUAAACUCUGAUUUUCACACGUUUCUUUAAUGCUUUCUAGUAAAAAUAAAUAUUUGCAGUGAGACUAAACACACAGAGUAAUAAUUAGGAAUUUCUAAAUUGUGUUCCAGAUGGCCUGGUAAACAUGGGACAAAACAUUUACACUGAAAGUUCUCUCUGGAUUCAAUUAAUAUGAAUUAGCCAUGAUGUGUACCAUUUCCUGCGUCCGUACUCCUAGGGGAAUGGUUCGCCAUUGUACCAUUUCCUGCGUCCAUACCCUCCGGGGAAAAUGGUGAGGUUGUGGUAUUUCCUGCGUCCAUGUGCCCAUAGGAGGGGGUUUACCAUUACCCACCAUCUUUCCAUUCAAUAUCAGCCAGUGUUCGUUUCCCACGAAAGGCUAUUACUCGCAUUUUACUCAUUCUGUAUAACAGUAUUUUCUCAGAUAUUUUUUAUUAGUAAAAGAAAAAGGUUUUUGGUUCUUGUAGUUCAACUGUUAGCGUGUCUGCGAUCUCAGAGAGCAGCAGUUUUUAGUUUCCCUUUACUCAAGUGUUGUGGGUCAUGUUCACAAGAUCCCAUCUAGGGAUCUUUAACAAAUUAACUAAAAACCAAUUCCACUACAUGACCUGCAGUAUAGUCUUCAUCCGACGUGCAACUUACCAGAAAUGGCUAUAAUGAAAUGAGUCGCCUUGUGGUUUCUCAGUCCAAAGCACAACCUCAACAGAAAAAUUGAAAUAUUUUAAUUUUUCAAUAAAAAGAUCGUAGUGAACCUCUCUGUGUGACAUUUUUAUAUAUAAUCACUGGCUCCAAUAACAC